AUAUGGGCAGCAGGAGCUGGAGUGUACGCCUGUGCCUCGCUGCGCUCCAGACUCCGCCCCUUUCCGACCACACGCUCUUCCAUUGGCGCGCGAGGCUGGCUCUGAUUGGUCAGGUCGAGGCCAUUUAUUCGCUGACAGCCCCUUCACAUGAAUGGUUGUCUAUUAACUUGUUCAAAAACUAUCUGGAGUUGUCAAGGCUCAGGCGGACAGAGGCGAAAAAGUACAGUUUGUUGAUGCUUUUUGCGAGCAGCCGCGGGAGAAGUUUUGUGGACACAACAUUGCCGGGACGUGUUGGGAGAAGGCUCUCUGUCACACACACUCACACACACACGCCGUGACACGCUGAGUGGGAGUGAGAGGGGGAGAGUGUGCGGAGACGCGCGGCUUGAUGCUCGUUGUUUUUGUCCAGAGAAAAGUUGCAAAGAAAAUCGACAGGUAACUGAAAGAAAGCUGCGCUCGUGCGCCUCUCUGUCUGCGCUCAGCUUCUGGAGUAAAGCUCCUUUUUUUUUUUUUUUUUUUAAAUUUUAUUUUUCCUAUUGUUUUCUGCCUGCUCGGGAGCAGCGAAAAGUAUUUUUUCCCUGAUGUAUAACAUGAUGGAGACUGAACUGAAGCCCCCUGCUCCCCAGACCAACACGGGGGGCACGGGCAACACCAACACGUCCGGCACCGGCACCAACCAGAAAAACAGCCCGGAGAGGGUCAAGAGACCCAUGAACGCCUUCAUGGUGUGGUCCCGAGGCCAGAGGAGGAAGAUGGCGCAAGAAAACCCCAAAAUGCACAACUCGGAGAUAAGCAAGAGGCUUGGUGCAGAGUGGAAACUUCUGUCCGAGAGCGAGAAGAGACCUUUCAUCGACGAAGCCAAGAGGCUGAGGGCCCUGCACAUGAAGGAGCACCCGGAUUACAAAUACCGGCCCCGGCGGAAAACCAAGACCCUCAUGAAGAAGGACAAAUACACCUUACCGGGCGGGCUGCUGGCUCCUGGAGGAAACGGUAUGGGCACCGGGGUCGGUGUCGGGGUAGGGGCCGGCCUGGGCGGUGGGGUGAACCAGCGGAUGGACAGCUACGCGGCGCACAUGAACGGCUGGACCAACGGGGGCUACGGCAUGAUGCAGGACCAGCUGAGCUACCAGCACGCGGGUCUGAACGCGCACAACCCUAGCCAGAUGCAGCCCAUGCACCGCUACGACAUGAGCGCGCUGCAGUACAACUCCAUGACCAGCUCCCAGAGCUACAUGAACGGCUCCCCGACCUACUCCAUGUCCUACUCCCAGCAAACCACGCCGGGGAUGACCGCCCUGGGCUCCAUGGGGCCCUCCUCGGUGGUGAAGUCCGAGUCCAGCAGCUCCAGCCCGCCCGUCGUCACCUCCUCGUCCCACCGGGCCGCCCCGGGCUGCCAAAGCGGGGAUCUGAGGGACAUGAUCAGCAUGUAUCUGCCCGGGGCGGAGGUCAGCGAGCAGACUGCCCAGACCAGGCUACACAUGUCCGGCCACUACCAGAGCACCGUGCCCGGGACGACGAUCAACGGCACGCUGCCGUUAACACACAUGUAAGGGACCAGAGCGCAAGAGGGGGGCAAAAACAGACUUUUAUAAAAGCAACUGUGGACUACUUCAUGUUGGACUAUUUUUGUACAGAAAAAAAAUGGGUGGGAAAAAGUUGUAUAGAAAUCUUCAAGAAAAAAGACAUUUUUUUUCUUUCCUUUUAUUCUAAGGAAGCAUAGAGGAACGGUAGAUCCCCUCUUCACUGGUGGAUGAAGUUUGGAAGACUAGAAAGUGGGAGUCGCAAUCAAAUGUUUUAUUAUUGCAAUCACCUUUUGUACAGUAUUUAUCAAAGAAACAUUACAAUCAGAUGAAAUUGUUUGUUAAACUGCAAGAGGUUGCAUCUUUAUUUUCAUUUUUUAUUAUUAUUAUAAUAAUUAUUAUUAUAUAUAAGGCAGGUUCUGCAGAUAAUAUUAAAAGUGGCAGAACUGGAAUAAUGGAAGUGAUCAGUUAUGCUUCCUAUAUUGAAAACAUUGGAAUAAAAAGGGACAAAAGAAGCAGGUAAUUCUUUUUUUUUCAUUUAAGGUCUAUAUUACUAAACAUUUUUUUUAUUUCAUUAAAAAUGUAAGACACUUCUUUUUUUGUCAUACAGUAUAAAUUUUAGAUUGUUAAUUUAUAUUUCCGUCUCCCACUUUUCAGCUGUUAGCGGUAUGACGCUUGUGCUCAUUAUUUUCUAAUUGAUUUGUAAAAUUUCUGUAUAUUUACUGUGAUAUUUUAAGUUUUAAUUUGAAAAAUUCAUUCCCGUAGUUGUAUUUUGAAAAACAUUGUGGCCUGUACGCAGAAGCCAACCACUCCAUGUAUAUAUUACCAGAACUAAUACCAUCCUUAUAACAGUUACAAUUUCAGCUGAGUAUAUUUUUCUUUCAAUAUGCAGUUUGAAAUGAAUAAAUUUUGGAAAUUUGGAUACUU